UUGGUCGUAAUUUAGGUUAGGUUUAAAUAACCUCGCAAAAUUCACGUUUUUAACUUUUCUUAUCACAAGACCGCAAAAAUGGUCGAGCAACAGAGGCAAAGAAUUGAGCAAGAAAUGACCAAAAUGGUCAACGAACUCGAUUUGGAGUAUUUGCGUAAAAUGCAGGCCGACAUGCAUCGCUGCGCUGCUAAAUGCUGCGACAAUCGUGAAAUCUCACUAGAAAGUGUCCAAAAAUGUGUCGAAAAUUGCGCUUCAUCAGUGAACUAUGCCCAAAAUUACGUCCAAAGAGAGUUAGAACAGCUCCAAAAUAAGUUACAAAGAUGUGUGAUGGACUGUAACGAUGAUAUUCGGGUGAAAAUGGGGCCUAAUCCAUCGGAAGCUGAAGUUAGUAAAUAUACAGCUUUAUUUGAAACGUGUGCCAAAAACUGUGUUGAUAAACAAAUUGCAUACAUGCCCUCACUUUUGAAACGAAUAAAAUCUGAACUAGGCAAAAAUAAAUGAGGUUGAGCAAUUGUUGUUGUUAGUUACACUUUAAAAAUUAAAACAUUAAAAAAA